AUGGAAAAGAAAUUUGAGAAGUUUUUAAAGGUCUUUAAGAAGCUCCACAUAAACAUCUCAUUUGUUGAUGCCUUAGCUCAAAUGCCCAGCUAUGCAAAAUUCAUGAAGGAAAUUUUGUUGAAUAAGAGGAAGUUGGAGAAGCAUGAAAUUGUCAUGCUAACGGAGGAGAGUAGCACCAUAUUGCAAAACAAACUACCACCUAAGCUUAAAGAUCUAGAGAGUUUUACUAUUCCUUAUACCAUUGGUAGUUUAUUCUUUGAACGAGCUUUAUGUGAUUUGGGUGCUACUAUCAACCUAAUUCCAUAUUCUAUUUUCAGGACACUUGGGUUAGGAGAAGAAAAGCCUACAAGAAUAUCAUUACAGCUCCCUGAUCAAUCUGUGAAACAUCCACGUGGGAUUAUCGAAGACAUUUUGGUGAAAGUGGACAAGUUUAUCUUCCCAGCUGAUUUCGUCAUAUGGGAGAGGAUAGGGAUGUUCCGCUGA